UUCCCUCUUUUCCCCAUCUUCCUCUCUCGAUUAAAAAAGAUUUUCAUGAGAGAAUCUAACUAUUGUUCACCGUCUCAAAACAAAGCUUCUAUAGGCAUAACAUCCGCUGUUUAUGACAGAAGAGCUCUUGAUUGUACAGCAGUAUUGCCUUUAGUUAAUUCAUUAUCACAUCUAUCAUUUCUUACAUCAACAUCAUCACGUAUUAGAGAGAUCUUAAUAGAAGAUGAAGGAUUAGAACGGCUGGUUCGUAUUCUUAAAGAAGGGGGAUUUAAGAGCCGGUUAGAUAUGUGGAAAUGGCAGUUGGCAUUUCAGUGUGUAGUUAAUGUUGGGAUCAGAGGAUCUGAGAGAGUACGUACACGAGUCGUGGAGGCAGAGAUGGUACCGGUUAUAGUUAGUAUAUUAGAAGGGUUUCUAGAGAGAGCAGAAAGAGAUCAUGAGAUGGAAUCAGGAGGAGAAAUAAGAAGAAUGGGAUAUUCAUUUUUAAGGCCUAUGAUUGGAUAUGGUAUGAUGGUAGAAGGGAUGGGAAGGAAUGGAAGGAGAAGAUGGGAGAUGAAUGAAGGAGGGGUUAAUGAGGGUGUAGAAGGAGGGGAAAGGGAUAGUAGAAGAAGGGAUAUAAGGGAAGGAAGAUUAUCGGUAGUAGAACUUGAAGAAUCGGUGAGAGAAAGUAUGACAAGAUUUUCAUCGAUGAAUGAAUAUGUGAGAGGGGAAUUUCUUGGAGAAGGGUAUGAGCUUGAGGAGGGAGUGGAGAUAGAAGAGGGGAAUUCUGGGGAAUUAGUGUCAAGUCGGGAGAGAAAUGUUUUUGGAGGGGGAGGAGGAGGAGAAAGAGAAGGGAUGGAAGGGAUGGAAGAGGAUAAUGGGGUUAUAAAUGAGGUAUAUGGUAUUAAUAGAGUGGAAGAAGGGGGGGAAAAUGGGGUAGAAAUGAUGAAUGAAAGGAAUUCGGAGAUAAGAAGACGAGAAUCGGUACAACAGGCGAUAUUUUUUGAUUCGAGACAUUUUUUCUUCAGAAAUGAAGACAAUGUUAUUUUUUGUUUACAGCUAUUGGCAUAUAUAUCAAAAUAUCCUCAACUUAGAUCAUAUUUUCAAAAAUCUCAUGAUAUCCCGAGACUUCGUUAUUGUAAUACAGGAGAAAUCGAUGAAGAAAAGGUGACACCGAUUAAUGUAUUUGCCCUAGUGGAAAGAUUUACAUUGCGUAUUCAUCCGGUUGAAGUACAAUAUUGGGCAGGCGUUAUUAUGAGGAAUGCUUGUCGAAAAGAUGAAUCAAGAGGAGGUAUUCGUCAAUGUGCAUAUAUAGAUUGUGGAAGAUGGGAGACAUUUAAUAGACAAUUUGCAAAGUGUAGAAGAUGCAGAAGAACGAAAUAUUGUAGCAAGCAAUGCCAAUCAAGAGCAUGGCCAGGGCAUAGAUGGUGGUGCAGAGAACGGGCAAGUAACUGAAAAAAAAAAGAAUUUUUAUUACAAGUUUGAUAAGUUAUAAAUUCCU